AGCGCCAAUAUAUAUGCGCCACACUGAAUACUGGGAGGUCUUAGAUCCUAUUUUUAGAUCUCGCGCUAAAACUCAGCAGUCUUUGGUUUAGAGCCGAUUGGUUCAUAAACAUAAUAUACUUCAAGUAGUACUUCACCUUAAUUUUUAUAAAAGCAAAACACUUGAUGUAAUCUGUUGUCAAGUAAAAUGCAAGGGACCAAAGUUGAUGGCUGUAACAAAUUCAUUUUUCAUAAAACGUAAGUUAAGGUGUCGUUACUGAUCUAGUACAACUUUAUCGCUUUGGUUUUGAGCUAUGUAAUUGUGUGUGUAGAGAAUGAUAAUAAAACUUGUCUACUCAAAACCUGGUAUCACGUUGAAAGCCACCAAAAUCAUCCAUCUGAGCUACAAAUCUCCAUCUCAAAGUCGAAUGUUCAAACCAAUAUUUAUAUUACACUUCUAAUUAUAGGCUAUUUAAUUUAACAGCAAAUUUUUUGCUUAUAUUUUAUUAUGUCUGUUCAUUUUUCAGUAUGUUUUAGAACAUUAAACUAUAAUAAUUUGUCAUUCAAUUAUAAGCUAGACUUGCUAAAUUAUUUACUCAGUAUUUACUUGUAUUUUUAGAGUAUGAAAAGUGACACAAAAAAUUUAAUUGCUGGAAGCUUGUCCGGUUUCACUGUCCGUUUUCUAACUCAACCAUUAGAUGUUAUAAAAAUUCGUUUUCAAUUACAAGUUGAAGAUAUUAAGCCCUCAGGAAAAUCAUAUUACACUGGCCUAUUACAGGCAUUCAUUCGUAUUUACAAAGAAGAAGGUGUAUAUGGUCUAUGGAAGGGUCAUGUACCAGCACAAUUUCUUUCUAUUACAUUUUGUGGAGCACAAUUUGGGAGUUUUUAUGCCAUUGAAAAUUUACUAACCAACCAAAUAAAUCUUAGCUCAUCAUCUGGAUGGGUGCAUGAUAUGAUAGCCGGUAGUGUAACUGGUCUGAUUGCGUCUACAUUAAGUGAACCAUUAGAUGUCAUGAGGACACGACUUAUAGCUCAAGGUAAAAAUCAGGUUUAUUCAGGCUUCCUAUGUGGUAUGCGUCAUCUUAUUCAUGAAGAAGGAUUAUUUGGCUUAUGGCGAGGACUUGGACCAUGUCUUAUAUCAGUAGUACCACAAACAACUGUUUAUUUUACAGUUUAUGAACAAUUGAAGCGUUCUCAUAUUCUAUUGAAAUCAAAAGAGAAUAUCCCUAUGAAGCAUAAAUCCGCUUCUUUAAAUAACGAUGUUGGUCAUGAAUCAUCAUUGGAGACUGAUCACCAUCUUCAUCAACAGUUAAACUGGCAUUUUCCACUUUGGGCUGGUGGAUUCUCUGGUCUCUUAGCUAAGACAAUUGUCUAUCCUCUUGAUUUAGCUAAAAAACGUUUAGAAAUACGUGGAUUUGAAAAAGCUCGUUUAACAUUCGGUCAAUUGCCUAAAGAGAGAAAUAUAUUGAUAAUUCAUAGUACUACUGCUACUUCUACUACUACGUUAGUGAACAAAACACCAGUGGGGACAAUCGAAUGUAUUUGA